AUGAAGGUCGUAUCUCUCUUCGAUGUCAGAGGUAAAGUGGUCCUCAUCACGGGAGGUGGUAGAGGUGUAGGGGAAAUGAUCGCAUCAGGUUUCGUUCAUAACGGUGCUAAAGUUUACAUCUCUUCUCGAUCAAUUACAACAUGUAUGGAAACUUCAAAACGUCUAUCUGAAAUCCCUGGAGGAGGAAAGUGUUUUGCUUUACCUGCUGAUUUAUCAAAAUACGAAGAAUGUGUUGGAUUGGUUGAAGAGAUUGAACGAAGAGAGGGAGUCCUCCAUAUCUUGAUCAACAAUUCCGGUGCCACUUGGGGAGAAGAAUUCGAUACGUAUCCCGAUACAGCCUGGACCAAACUUAUGACAUUAAACGUUCAACGAGUAUUUACACUUUGUCAAAAGUUCAGACCGUUAUUGGAGAAAACAGAAGGAUGGUCAGGAAGGAUUAUCAAUAUUGGAUCAAUAAAUGGAAUAAACGUACCUGGUUUAGAAACCUAUGCUUAUUCAACUUCGAAAGCUGCUUUACAUAUGCUGUCCAAACAUCUCGCUCAACGAUUAGGACCUAAAAUCACCGUCAACGCUCUGGCACUAGGUCCGUUCAGAUCGAAAAUGAUGGCGGCGACGUUGGAAGCUUUCGAAGAUGAUAUAGCUCAGAAUUUACCUAUGAAACGUAUUGGUAAACCGGAAGAUGUGAUUGCUGCUUGUUUGUGGUUGAGUGGGAAGGGUGGAGAAUGGGUGACUGGAACCAUCAUACCUAUAGACGGAGGAUCUCUCAUAACUUCUCAAGCCAAAUUGUAA